AUGAAAGGAGCUAGUCCUAACGCCUAUACUACAGCACCAUCUAAUCCACCAGCUCUUCAACACAAACCGAAUACGAGUGCCUCCAGAAGCCCUGUAGGACAUUCGCAGGAACUUACCUCUAGCCAAAGUAUAGUUAACGCUGUUUCGUCAUUAUCGAAAUGUGAUGAUAAACCUAGUAAUGAGGCAGGACCCAUGGAAUUAUAUGAUAGUGUCAACUUGCAAAAUCGUCUUCAAAAUUGGAAACAUUGGAGUUUAACAACGUUCAAAUGUACCAAACAAAUGAUUGAGGAAAAACUUGGAACAGCAAGUGUAACUUGUGAUCAAGAAUUAGAAGAUCGAAUUUCAGUGUUUAGAAAUAUGCAUCAACAGUAUAAAAUAUUGCAUAAUCUCGCUGAAAAAUUGGCUAAUAGUUUUCGAGACACUAUUCGUCAUCAACGCGCAUUUACGGGUCAUAUGGCUACUUUAAUUGUACAACAGCCUGAAUUAAGCAGUGAAUUCACCUAUAAUACAGAAACACAACGUAUUGUUUUAUCAAAUGGAGAAAAAUUGUUAGCGUCACUAGAUCAUUUCGUCCAUUCCUUGAACACACUGAUUAAUCAUGCAUUUACAGAUACAUGGAUUACUGUUGCUAGUAUGCAGUCGGCUCGUAUAGAAUAUGAUGCUCAUCGUAAUGAAAUGAAUCAAGUCAAGAAUAAAAAAACUACUAUUAGUAACAAUGCUGAUACUACCGUUGCCAGUACUACAACUAAAAUUAAUAUGCCAAGAAAUUCAGUGGUCGCUGACUCAAUUCACGAUAAUCAUGAUUUACAAUCACGAUUAGAUGCAGCUUGUGAACGGUAUUCUCAACUAAAAAAAGCUGUUCUGUGUAAAUUGGAAUUUUUACAAGAAAAUAGGCUACGUGUUAUGCAACAUCAAUUAGUACUUUUACAAAAUGCAACAUCAGCAUUCUUCUCAGGCAAUAAUCAACAACUGGAUCAAAUUUUAAACCAAUAUAAAAUCAAAUUAUCAAAUGCACAAAAUGGAGUUAGCCAUUAA